CGCUGCUGAGCACCGACUAUGUAGGACGUGUUUUGCGGGUGCUCCGAUGGGAUAUGUGUUUUAAUGUAAAUUUUUGCACCUCUUUACACACUUUUUUGGAACAUACUGGACUAUUAGUGAACGAAAAUACAUAUCUGAUGUGCAAUUUGUAAGUACCGUAGUUGAAUAUGGGGAAAAACGACAAGGCUACUCGCAGCAAGGCUGACCACGAGGCUCCUGCUGAACCAGAUGCUAAUAGCAUACUGCUAACCAAGAUGCAAGAGAUGCUGAACGACUCCCGCACUGAUCUCAUCAACAGGUUUGAGAACAUUGUUUCGAAUGUCGUUAAGAGGGAGAUCUCAACCGCGCUGGCACCGCUAGAAGCUAAAAUUGCCUCGUUUGGGACUGCCAUUCACGAUUUGGAGCGGGCUGCUAACGAUCAGGAUGGGAGGCUAGCUACCAUGGAGGCCUCGGUUAAAUCGUUAAAUGUAUUAGUGGACACACUGUCCAAGAAAUGUGAAGACUUGGAGGGUCGCUCCAGACUAAAUAACAUCCGCCUUGUGGGCGUACCGGAGGGAUCCGAAGGUCAACAGCCGACGAAGUUUGUAUCGAAGCUGCUUCAGGAUCUGCUCGGCCUCGACUCUAAGCCUGCCCUUGACCGGGCUCAUCGCACAUCGUGGGCCAAGCCAGCAGAGGGGGACCCACCGCGCCCGGUCGUAGUCCGUGUCAACCUGUUUCAAGAACGGAAUGAGAUUCUACGGAGGGCUCGUGAGUCGUCUCCCUUACUCUAUGAAGGAAAACAUGUGUUCAUUUUCCCCGAUUAUUCAACCUCAGUUGCUAAAAAACGCGCAUCGUUUACGAAAGUGAAGAAGGAACUCCACUCUUGCCCCGGAAUCAAGUUUGGGCUUCUUUUCCCUGCAAUAUUACGGAUCACUCUUCCCAACGGGCAGACUCGUAAGUUCGAGGACCCAGCCCUUGCUGCAGACUUUGUUGAGAAAAACAUUAAAAAUGUGGUUGAUCCAGCCACAGUUUGA